AUUAAUCAAGAUCUCAUAGCAAAGCUUAGAUCAGAAUUGAUGGGGAAGAAGGUGGCCAUAAUAGGAGCUGGGAUCAGUGGCCUUCUUGCCUGCAAGUACACUCUUUCAAAGGGAUUUCAACCGAUUGUGUUCGAGGCCUCGAGCAGCAUCGGAGGGGUAUGGACUGAAACUAUUGAGAGUACCAAGCUCCAAACUCCAAAAGCACUCUACGAAUUCUCUGACUUUCCAUGGCCUUCUUCGGUGACAGAGGACUUUCCAAACCAGCAUCAAGUUAUGGAUUACAUCCAAUCAUACGCUCAACAUUUCGACCUGCUCAAGCACAUUAAAUUCAAUACCAAAGUGUGUGGUUUAGAGUUUGAAGGUCCAUCGGAGGAUGAGUUGCAAUCAUGGAGUCUCUGGGGUGGCACCGGUGAGCCUUUCAACACAAAAGGGAAAUGGAAAGUUACCGUCGAAGAUAAGAAAAGCCCUUCAACUGAGUAUGGAUUCAAGCAGAUUUACCUGGUAGACUUUGUGGUCCUCUGCAUUGGACGAUUCAGUGGUGUUCCAAAUAUUCCCCAAUUUCCUCUGAACAAGGGUCCAGAAGAAUUUCAUGGCGAGGUCAUACACUCGAUGGAAUAUGCUGCCAAGGAUUACGAGAGCGCCACUGAAUUUGUGAAAGGAAAGCAAGUAACAGUUGUUGGGUUUCAGAAAUCUGCUUUGGACAUCGCCAUGGAGUGCUCAAAUGCAAAUGGGAUAGAAAAUCCAUGUACAGUGUUGUACAAGACAGAACACUGGCAUGUACCAGACUAUCUUCCAUGGGGUGUGCCUAUGGCGUUGCUAUACCUCAAUCGCUUCUCGGAGCUUUUGGUUCAUAAGCCCGGGGAAGGCCUCCUACUCUGUAUCCUUGCAACAAUUCUUUCACCUCUGAGAUGGGCAUUUUCAAAAUUUGUUGAAACCUACAUAGAUAAGAAGCUUGGGUUAUCUAAGUAUGGAAUGGUACCUAAGCAUAGUUUCCUUCAAGAAAUCAGUUCCUGUCUGAUCUCAACCGUGCCUGAAAAAUUUUAUGACCGAGUCCAAGAGGGAAGCAUUGUACUCAAGAAGUCUCCCAAAAGUUUCAGCUUUUGCCAAGAAGGCAUAUUGGUUGAAGGAGAUAACUCGGGCCCUGUGAAGACAGAUUUGAUCAUAUUGGCUACUGGGUAUAGAGGUGAUGAGAAGCUUAAAGACAUCUUUGUGUCUCCAACAUUUCAAUAUUACGUAGCUGGGUCACCUAAGUCCACUUUACCUCUCUACAGGGAAUGCAUUCAUGCACGGAUUCCACAAUUAGCUGUAAUUGGAUUCUCCGAAAGUAUCUCAAACUUGUACACAUCGGAGAUGAGGUGCAGAUGGCUAGCAGAGCUUCUUGGAGGCACAUUCAAGGUACCAAGCAUAAAAGAAAUGGAGAAAGAUGUGAAGCGAUGGGACGAGUAUGCCAAGCGAUACACCGGAAAAUACUACCGGAGAUAGUGCAUCGGAGCGUUGCAUAUAUGGUACAAUGACCAAAUGUGCAAGGAUAUGGGGUGGAACCCCAAAAGAAAGAAGAGUCUUCUCGCUGAACUAUUUGAACCAUAUGGUCCAACGGAUUAUAUAUCCUCAUAAAUAAUGAUAUCCACUGUCAAACUUAUAAUGUAGACUAUACACGAAUAAAAACAAAUUAAACACUGUUUUUGACAGAACAAAAACAUUUAAAUUAUUAUAUUGUAAUUGAUCAAGUUUUAUGAUGAAAGUUGCUAUUAAUUGACAAAUUGGGUUCGUUUUU